AUGUCUUCAGACAUUCCUGGUUUUUAUUUCGAUGCAGUUCAACAACGUUAUUAUCGUAUAUUAUCUCAAUCAUCCAAUGCUGUUCCAAGUGCUCGUCUUAUUAAUGAUCGAGCUCGACAAGAACAACUUAUUUCUAAACAACUUGAUUUAUUAAAAUCUUCUUCAAAAAAAAGUUCUCAACGACAUAAAGAAAAAAAACGAUUAAAUAAAUCUCGUUUAUCUAUACUUCGUCAACGAGAAUAUGGCCAAACAUCAAUUCAAUCUUGUCAUAAUACUAUUCGUUCAAAUUUUAUUGAAAAUCUUUCAUCAACAUGUUUUCUUGAUAAUUCUUCAUCAUUUUCAUUUCCAAUAGAUUCACAGUCUAAUACUAAUUAUGAAAUGACAAUAACAUCAACUGGUCAAUGUAUCCAAUUAAUUGAUUAUAAAUUAUAUGUAAAUCUCUUAGAACAUCCAUUAUAUUCAUAUCAGUUGCAACCAAAUUCAAUUGAUGGUUGUCGUUCAUCAUAUUUCAUCGAUUCAUCUUCAUCGUUAAUGUCAACAACAUUAUUAAACGAUGAAAAUCAUGUUAUUAUUCGUUUUCUUCAAUUUUCAUCUUUAUCAUCCAAUCUUUCAUUACAAAUGUUAUCAAAUAAUUCAUUAGCACCAAAAUAUUACUAUAAAGAAAAAUGUCAAACUAUAGAAUUAUCAUCUUCAUUAAUUAAUCAUACAUCACCAUUAAUGAUAAAAUGUUCUGGUCCAUGUUGUUAUUCGAAAUCAUUUGAUAAUUUCGCAUUUAAUAUUAAUAAUUAUUUAUAUGUCUAUAAUCUUCAAACAUUUCAGGAAAUUUUAUCAUUACGUGUACCAAUACGUCGAGUUACAUUAAAUGAUAUACAAUUUUCAAAUGAUAAUUCAAAUAUAAUUUAUACAACAAAUGGACAUUUAUUUCAACAAUGGGAUAUUCGACAAUCAAAUCGUUUAUGUUCAUUAAGAAUUCCAAUACUUUGUUCAACAAUUAAAUGUUUACAAACAAAAUUUAAUUGUAUUUUAACAAGUUCAUUUGAUGAACGAAUUAAUCUUAUUGAUUUACGUAUGCCAACAAAACCUUUACUUGUUUAUGAUACGCCAUCAUCAUCAUCAUCGUCAUUAAAUAAUCCACAUUUUUCAUUUUCUGUUGAUACUAAUACAGAAAAUUUUAUUGCUGCUUGUUCACAAUAUCAUAUUUUAAAUAUAUGGGAUUUAAAAUCUAGUAAAUUAUUAAAUCGUUUACGAUGUCCUAUACCAGAACGUUUUGUACAUACGUUAGCAAAAUGUUCCAUAGCUUGUGCUGAUAAAAUACCUGUAUUAGGAAUUUAUCAUCCAGAAUAUUGUCGAAUAACUGGAAUGAUGAAUAAAAAAAUAUUUUGUUAA